GUAGCUGUGUGUUACUGUAAGUGGCUAUGUGUUACUAUAACAUUCAUUGCUGUCUGUCACAUUUCCUGUUGUGUAUCGAGUUGUCAAUGUGCCUAUUUCGGUGGAUUCAGAAAUCCACAAUCCAGUGUUUUAUCAUCUGUUGAAAUACAGUUCUAG